CCCUAACGCCCGUAGAUCAGCCUCUCUCAAGUCUCUCCCUCUCUCUCACUGUCUCACAGUCUCACAGUCUCUGCCUCUCUCUCUCUCUCUCUCUCAACAUCUCUCCCAGCCUUUCCAACUCUCUCGCCGGCGGCAGAAGCAGACGAAACCGGAUCCAGCAGCUUGUCCCUGGUCUCGUCGUCGUCGUCUACUCGUCUUCACUCACAGUCGCCGGCGUCUCCUCGUGGUCUGUGUGUUUCCGCCUUCCCUCGGCUCGUUGUCAUCGGCGGCAAAAGGAGACGCUAGCAACAGUUUGUCCCUGGGCUCCUCCGCUUCGUCGUAUUCUUGCUCCGAGGCUUCUCCGUCGCUUCCUUCUCGCCGGUUUCGUGGCUAAGUCGCCGUCGACCAUGAUGGCUGUGAUGGGAAAGAUGAACAAGAAUAAGAAGGUAGGGGGGAGACAUGGUCCUCCAAGUGAACAUAAUGAUAUGCAGGAUCAAGAGAUGGACAUAAGGAAAAUUAUGAAAGAAGUUGAAAAUUUUAGCUACUCACAUAUGAUGUGGAAAGAACGUAAAAAGAUUGAGAAUCAAAAGGUCGUCUCUCUUGGUGGGAAGCCCCCCAAGAAACAGAGAUUACCUCUAAGUGUGGCACGUCCAACAUUGAAGAAACAAAAGGAGAGAGAACAGAAAAUGCUUCAAGAGCGUUUGAUUCUUGGACAAUUUGGUGGAAAGCAUAGUGGUAGCAGUAAAAAAUCGGCAGGUAAGCACAAGGCCGAGGACAGGGGUUUGAGAUCAAGUGAAGGUCAUUUUAGAAACGGCAUACUGGAUGUGAGGCAUUUAUUAAAUUCAGCACCAUCAACAUCAAGAGAUCAUGACACUGGAAUGUCUAGUAAAUGGAACAAGAGAGGAGGUAAAGGGAAACAAGGGAAAAAGGGUGGCGGUAAGAAGCAUCGUUGACGUUGAGUAUACAAUCCCUUAUUCAAUGCAAAAAUUUUGUAUGAAAUUUAAUGUAGUCAUUUAUAAAUUUGAACCAACCAUAGAUAUUUAAAGUCAUUAGUCAUAUAAUUGUUCUAUGGUCCCAUGCUCCUGAAACAGAGACAGAGAAAGAAAAAAUGCGCUAAAAAUUUAACUGUUA